AUGUCGUCGACCAAAUCCUCCUUGCCUACACCGGAAAACGCUGCUUCUGGCGACGGUGUGGCCCAUUCGAACCCUGACGUGCAAUUCACGCUCAAACCAACCAAGACAUCGACCGACAAACCCCCUGUCCUUCGUCCAACCAUAAUCAAACAAGAUGAGCCACCAGACGGCUACAAAGGAGACGUGGAAGCUGGCGUUUGCUUUUGCUGCUGUUUGCGCUGCAACAAGAUUUGGGCUGUGGUUUGGAAAGACAAACCAAGGGUUUCUGGCGCGUCCCUGUCUCCCCAAGACUACAAAAAGGUCGCAAAGAAGGAGGUCUGCGACGACUGCAUGGAAGGGGCUGUGGAGGAGGUGCACAUGGCCUACGAGGGCUAUGUGAGGGUCGAGUGCGAGGAGAGUGAGGAGUGGGAGUUGUUGUGA